AAAGAAGAAGAAUAGCAGCUCGAGUCGAGAGCUCAACUCGGAACCGUCUUUCAGCGAAUAAUAAUAUCGUUCUACUCUUUGCUAUCAGAACUAUCGUUUCCUUCGAGAAAAUACACAUUUGUAUGCUAUAGCUAUUAAUAUGCUUAGGCAUAUCUUUAGCCUUCAGAAAAGAGACUUCAGACGGACAGCUUUUUUGAGCGCUCUACGAAAAAGAAAAAUAUACGGGAUUCCGAACGUUCGAUUCAUUCUGUAGCGAAACAAUUGGCUACAAUCUAUUGUUUGAUUCGGGGCGUGUUUUCAACCAAACGGAUACAGUUUAGUUUACGUCAAUUGUUUGGAACGUUGGUGAUCGUCAACUAUCACGACGGGAAAUCAAUCUGAUUAGCAACAGUUGCUGUUGAGCGAUUGCUGUCAUCUCUGAAACUAGUAGGCCUACGUGCAUUUCCCGACUAUUUUCUGAACGCUUCAAUUCAUUGAUCAAAAACAUCAACCAGUGACGUAAAAGUUGGUGAAAACAAGAUAAGAAACACGUCAUCAGACUAAAGGUCCAAAUAGGGGGAUUUCAGAAGUCAGAGCACAUGGAAUCUACAAAAGCAGGGGGUGUAAUAGCCUACAUCAGCUCCUCCAGCCCUGAGUCAUGUCAUAGUGACUCAAACGACUGCUACAACUCCUCUUCCCUGCCACACAACUCCUCCCACAUCUGUCGCCAGGGCAAUGUGGUGGACACGCCCCUAACCACGGCAGGUCUCCCACUGGCCCAUGCUACAGCAAAGACCAGUGCAAAAUGCAGCAUUACUAAAAUCAACGGCCUGGUGCUGCUGUGUAAGGUGUGUGGAGAUAUUGCAUCUGGAUUCCACUAUGGGGUCCAUGCCUGUGAGGGCUGCAAGGGUUUCUUCCGUCGGAGCAUCCAGCAGAACAUCCAGUAUAAGAAGUGCCUGAAGAACGAGAGCUGUGCCAUCAUGAGGAUCAACAGGAACCGCUGCCAGCAGUGUCGCUUCAAGAAGUGUCUGCUGGUCGGCAUGUCCAAGGACUCUGUGCGUUUCGGCCGCAUCCCAAAGCGUGAGAAGCAGCGAAUGCUGCUAGAGAUGCAGAGUGCCGUGAACAACAUGAUGAACAACAGCCAGCUACACAGCCAGCUCCACGGCAACACACCCCUCCCCCUGGCCAAUCAGCUUCAGGUGCCGGCCUGCCCUGGGGAGCCCCGCCCCCAAGAUGUUGACUCUGGUUUAGGCUCAUCCUCUUCCUCCACCUCUCCCGCCGCUUCCCCUGGGUCCAACCAAUCAGAGGAGCCCAAACAUCACCCAGAGUCUGCAGUCGCCAUGGAUACAGGCCGAAGCCCUAUAUCGGCGUCUCCAAGUUGUUCAGACCGCGGGUCAGAGGAUGGGAUUGGCUCGGUGACCCGGGCCCACCAGGAGUCCUUCAUGUACAAUCAGAAGCAAGGUAGCCCCUCCCCCCAGUCCCAGGCUGAUGCCCAGCCGACCUCCCCGGGGGAGGAGCAACGUGUCAGUGACACUGGAAUGAGGAUAGAGGAGAGGAACUGGAACCAGCAGGAGGCCUGGAACCAGAAGAACCAGAACCAGCAGAAUGACCUGGCCUCAUUCACAGCCACUCAGGCCCACGACCAGGCUCAGGAGAGGCCCACCAACACUGGGCCUCAGGGCCCUGACAGGCACCAUUGCCAGGAGGAUGACACUACCACCCCCAGCCAUUGCCCCUACAGCAGAGGUACUCCCACCACCCCCACCCAGAAUCACUGUCUCUACAGCAGAGACAGACUGCCCAACAGCUCCCCUAGUGGCUAUUUCCCAGCCUACACCCACCAUGGAGGCAACAACAGCACUAGCCAGGCCACCUCCAACUCCCACGGAGGAUUGACAAGACCACUGUGGAGCGGGGGCAACAGGAUGCAUCUGCUGUGUCCCAUGAACACAUCUCCCCAUGUGAAUCCCCAUAAGUCAGGCCAUGGGAUCUGGGAGGAGUUCAGCCACAGUUUCACCCCGGCCGUCAGGGAGGUGGUGGAGUUUGCCAAGCGGAUCCCAGGCUUCAGCGACCUCUCCCAACACGACCAGGUCAGCCUGCUCAAGGCUGGUACCUUUGAGGUGCUAGUGGUCCGUUUUGCGUCGCUGUUUGAUGUGAAAGACCGCACCGUGACAUUCCUGGGUGGUACCAAGUACAGCGUGGAGGCGUUACGAGCCAUGGGCGCCGGCGACUUCCUGACCUCCAUGAUGGACUUCAGCGAAAAUCUGAUGGGGCUCGGCCUUAGCGAGGAGGAGAUGAGCCUGUUCACCACCGUUGUCCUCAUCUCUGCCGAUCGCUCAGGGAUUGAGAACGUGAACUCUGUGGAGGCGCUUCAGGAAACUCUGAUCCGGCACCUGAAGGGCCUCAUCACUAAGAACCACACCAACGAGUCGGCCAUAUUCACCAAGCUGCUCCUCAGACUGCCCGAACUGCGCUCCCUUAAUAACAUGCACUCUGAGCAGCUGCUGGCCUUCAAGAUCCAACACUAGACCAGAACCAAGUUCUGAACCUGGGGAGUAUUCAUUAGGCACCAAAUGGAACAUUUACUGAGAUUUUUUUUUCCCCCGUUGCAAAACCUUUUGCUAUGGUGUGCCCUAACGAAUAUGACCAUGGACAUUGGGUCUGAGGCCUGUGGUUGCGGACCACAAAGCCCAUUUCUCCACCCACCCUGACACACCUCGACCAUCUACACUAAUGAACUAUGAACCCUGACCUCCAAGAGAACCCUCAUCACGCCCCUCACUUCACGUGAUCUUUUCCCUUCACAAACAAGUUGAAGUAGUCAGCAAAUGUGUCAAGAUCAAAGGGGAGGGAGGGGAAAUACUUAAGACUUCAAAGUUAUCGUACUGUAAGGCUGAAAGGCUUCUGUUGUAAUAACCAUGAAUGCACACGUUCAGACACAAGCGGAAGAUAUUAUGUUUCUGUGUCCGUGUUGUGUAGGAAGUUCGCAACUGUACAACCCUUAGAGAAGAACCUUUUAUGAAUAUUGUGUAGACGUGUAUUUUUUUUAAAAUUUGAUUAUUUACACUUUUCGUUUAGGUCUUACACCAUGGCUCUCCAACCCUGUACCUGGAGAGCUACCACCCUGUAGGUUUUUGCUCCAACCCUGUACCUGGAGAGCUACCAUCCUGUAGGUUUUUGCUCCAACCCUCUUCAUGGUGAGCUACCACGCUGUAUUUUUUUUUUUUCCAACCUCUCUUUCUGGAGAGCUACCACCCUGUAGGUUUUUGCUCCAACCCUGUUCCUGGAGAGCUACCAUCCUGUAGGUUUUUGCUCCAACCCUGUUCCUGGAGAGCUACCAUCCUGUAGGUUUUUGCUCCAACCCUCUUCCUGGAGAGCUACCACCCUGUAGGUUUUUGCUCCAACCCUCUUCCUGGAGAGCUACCACCCUGUAGGUUUUUGCUCCAACCCUCUUCCUGGAGAGCUACCACCCUGUAGGUUUUUGCUCCAACCCUCUUCCUGGAGAGCUACCACCCUGUAGGUUUUUGCUCCAACCCUCUUCCUGGAGAGCUACCACCCUGUAGGUUUUUGCUCCAACCCUCUUCCUGGAGAGCUACCACCCUGUAGGUUUUUGCUCCAACCCUGUUCCUGGAGAGCUACCAUCCUGUAGGUUUUUGCUCCAACCCUGUUCCCGGAGAGCUACCACCCUGUAGGUUUUUGCUCCAACCCUCUUCCUGGAGAGCUACCACCCUGUAGGUUUUUGCUCCAACCCUCUUCUUGGAGAGCUACCACCCUGUAGGUUUUUGCUCCAACCCUCUUCCUGGAGAGCUACCACCCUGUAGGUUUUUGCUCCAACCCUCUUCCUGGAGAGCUACCACCCUGUAGGUUUUUGCUCCAACCCUCUUCCUGGAGAGCUACCACCCUGUAGGUUUUUGCUCCAACCCUCUUCCUGGAGAGCUACCACCCUGUAGGUUUUUGCUCCAACCCUCUUCCUGGAGAGCUACCACCCUGUAGGUUUUUGCUCCAACCCUCUUCCUGGAGAGCUACCACCCUGUAGGUUUUUGCUCCAACCCUCUUCCUGGAGAGCUACCACCCUGUAGGUUUUUGCGCCAACCCUCUUCCUGGAGAGCUACCACCCUGUAGGUUUUUGCGCCAACCCUCUUCCUGGAGAGCUACCACCCUGUAGGUUUUUGCGCCAACCCUCUUCCUGGAGAGCUACCACCCUGUAGGUUUUUGCGCCAACCCUCUUCCUGGAGAGCUACCACCCUGUAGGUUUUUGCGCCAACCCUCUUCCUGGAGAGCUACCACCCUGUAGGUUUUUGCGCCAACCCUCUUCCUGGAGAGCUACCACCCUGUAGGUUUUUGCGCCAACCCUCUUCCUGGAGAGCUACCACCCUGUAGGUUUUUGCGCCAACCCAACCCUAAUCUAGCACACUUGAUUCUAAUAAUUAGCUGGUUGAUAAGGUGAAUCAGGUUAGGUACAACUGGGGUUGGAGUGAAAACCUACAGGAAGGUAGCUUUCCAAGAACCGGGUUAGAGAGCUUUGUUCUACACCUUGGGUGUAUUUAAAAUAAACAUGUAUAUAUUUAUAAUUGUAGGCAGACUAAUCUAGAAGAAUGUUGUGCUUAUUGCCUGAAAUGACAGGGUGAUUCUAAAGGGGGUUAGGGCUCGUUAAUUAAACUCCAAACCAUCUAGUUGAAAGUAAACUGACGAAUGAAUGAAUGACUACAGAGGAGGUUUGUCUCCUCUCUAAACUAUAGGUGUUGAAUGACAUUAAGGGGGAUGUUGUAAAAGCAUAGAUGGACGUAUGUAAUCAGGGUAACCGCUGCUACGUUACCUCUGUCUCGGUGUGGCCCUAUCUAGUCACCUGAGGAAGGGCUUUGAUUGAAUGUUUAUUUGUAUAGAGGAAUCUCUUAUUUCAAGCUUACGGUUUCAGCUGAUGGUGCUGUGUGUUACACGCACAUACGAGGUUUGUUGUAAAUUAUAAUGUUCUUGUAAGGUUAUGAACUAACUGAAGUCCAUCAUUGACAAACACGGUCCAGUCACUUAAUUAUUAUAGUGUAUGGUAAUAGACCGCAUUUGUAUGAUAUGAGUGCAAAUGGACAGGAAAUCAAAUGCAUUGAGGUUAUUCGAACUGACAAAGGUUAACGUUGGUAACCAAUAAAACCUAUCGACUCAACACAUCUCUGCUUGAAGACAUUUUAGUUGUUAUUUCCAUGUCAAAAGGAUACAAUUGUUAUUGUCAUUUUGGGGGGCGCAAAUUUUUAGGUGACAGUUUCGGUAAAAAAAAAUAUCCAAUUAAACUGCGCAAUUUGAUUUUACAGAUAAA